AGGAGGUGAAGACGAAGAAGAGAGUAGAAUCUUCAAAUAUGAAACAAUUAGCAGCAGUAUUUGUCUGUUUACUGGCCGCCUGCCUGGCUGACAAGCCUCAACCAUGCACAAGUCCUCCUCUCCUGAAUGGAUCCCUCAUCGUGGCUACACAGAAUGAAGAGCUGUUCGAAAUUGGAACGUUUCUGUACGACGCACAGGACCGGAAGAUAAGAGUGGGGGUGUUGGGAAAGUUGGGCAACCAGACGUUUAUCCAUGAUCUUCUUCUGAUUUACAGAGAGGGUGUAAUGUAUGAGAUCAAUGACUGGAACAAAACCUGCAAGAAAUGGCCUCUGAAGGCUGACUUCCAUCCUUUGGCGAUCCCCAAAGAUGCAGUACUGCUGGGACAAGUGGUGAUUGGCAGCUCCUCUGGACCUGGACAAGGACUCCUGGUCAACACCUGGACGGGGGACAUAGGAGGUGAGAGACAGCAAAGAAACAAUCAGUACUACUUUGUCAAAGUUCUGUAUAUAAAACUUCUUUUUGUUGUUGUUGUUCCAGGAACGUACAUGAUGACAGUCACUGAGUUUGGAUGCAUUCCUGUGACCACUGUGCAACACACCAACAAGUUUGGAUGGAUCAUGACAAGCUUCUUUAACAACAUCAUCGGGAUAACAGACCCCAGUAAGCUUAACCCUCCAGACUUCUGCCCAGAUGCAAUGACAGAAGACGUCACACGGGAGCCUGCAGACUUCUGGAGUUUGUUUUUCAAUAAAUAAGUAUUUGCAAAAAAUCUGAUCUUAAAGUAUUUUGAGACAAGCAUCUGAUCAGACAUCAUGUACUUGUAAUUUUGCAGACUUGGAAUAAAUGCCUUUGUUACAAGCAAA